GUUAAAGGUUUAUGGGAACUUAUUUCACCUGUAGCUCGAACUGUUAAGCUUGAGUCUCUAAAUAAUAAAAGACUCGCAAUCGAUAUCCUUUGCCUAGCUAUUAUGAUAACAAUUUGAAAAAGUCCAUUUAUUUUUGUCUUUAACUUUCUUUGUCAAUAAUUACAUGCUAGCAUUUGGCUAUAUCAAUUCUUGACUGCAAUGCGUGAUAAGGAAGGAAAUAGGCUACAAAACGCACAUUUAUUAGGGUUUUUUAGAAGGAUAUGUAAACUUUUAUUUUAUAAUAUCAAACCGGUAUUUGUGUUUGAUGGCGGAUCUCCAGAAUUAAAACGUUUGACUUUGAAUGAACGUCGUAAGAGACGAACUGGUAAUGCCAAUAAUAUACAAAAAACUGCUGAAAAACUCUUGUCUGCACAAUUAAGGCUGAAUGCUAUUCAAGAUUCAAAAGAUUCAGUCUCAAAAAAGAAUAAAGGUUUAUGGAAAAGAGCAAAAACCGAUGAUAUUGUUUAUUUUGAUGGACUUAAUGUGAGUUCGGAAGAACAAAUUCGUCUGAGAAAACGUGAUGAAUAUGAUUUACCGUCUAUGUCGGGAGGAAUCGAAUCAAUGAUUAGUAAAGAUGAUCCUCGUCUUGCAACUGAAGAUGAUCUCAGAAAUUUUAUUAAGGAAUUUAAGCCUGAGGAGAUAGAUGUUGAUUCUGAAGUAUUUAGAUCCCUUCCAUUAGCUACACAAUGUGAAAUCAUAGGAGAACUUCGAAUCAAAAGUCGUCAAACAUCUUGGGACCGUAUUCAAGAGAUAGUCAACAAUGCUCCAACCGCCAUGGAUUUUUCACAACUUCAGAUAAAAUAUCUUGUAAAAAGAAACGAUUUAACACAAAAGUUGAUUAAUGCCACAAAUAAUGCAAAUACCGAUAAUACAACUCCAAUACGAAUAGCAUCAGAACGUAACAAGAAAUACGUGUUGGUAAAAAACAGAGAAGGAAAUGCAGGAUGGACAAUGAGUUCUAUAGAUGAAAAUGAAUCAAAUUAUAAAAAGCAAGUUUCAGGUACAAGAGAAAGUCCCGUUUAUGUGGACAUGAGUCCACAUAAUGAUGAUAAAAAUGCAUCGCUUGAAUUCUCAAAGUCAGGUUUAACUACUGAUAAUAAAAAUAAAGAUUUUGAAGAUCACACAUCAUUAUCAAGCGAAGAACGGAGUGGUUUACUUAUGGAUAAAGAUGCGUAUGUUGAAGAUAAUGAAAGUAUGGAUUCAAUUAUUGAAAAAUUCAAAAGGCUGGAAUCCGAACAACUUGAUGAUAUUCCAAAUUUUGAUACGUCUGCGUCAAUGAAUUCAGAUUCAUUCUAUGUUCUUUGGCUUUCGCGAAUGCCACCUGCUUUUCAAAAAGAAUAUCAUGAUCAUAAUGAUAUGCUUCGUAAAGCCGUUUAUGUUUGGAAUGAUGAUGAAUUAGAAGAGCAAAAGAAAUCGGUCACGAAAAAAUUAGGAAAAUUAAAGGAAAGUGAUAAGCAAAAAGUGGAUGCUUUGAAUUUUUGGCAAAGAUUUCUGAAUGCCACAUUUGAAUUUCGCACUGAUCGUCAAAGUAAUACCUUUUUUAAUGAUCAACAAGAUCUCGAGAUUGGGACAUCAAAUAAUCCUAUAGGUUCGGAAGAACAAAAGAUUCAUGCGAGAGAAACAAAUUAUCCAAUUCAAAAGCGCGCACACACAAUAAAAAAAUUAAAUAUUAAUUUUGGGUCGUUAAUAUUACCGAUUAAUCACAAUGUCUCUUCCUACCACACUUCAACAUCCUUAGAGGAUAGCGAAAUAGUUGCAGAAACUAGCGAUUUCGAAGAAUUUGAAGAAUUUGACUUAACAAAACCUUUUGAUGCUGAUUGUCAAUCUAAUUCAUCUACAAUAAAUAGUCCAUUAUUGGAGCAAACUCCAAAUGAUCAAAUAAUCUACUCUGAUAUGGGUAUUGAUCUAAACACCGAUAUGGAAUCUUUCGAUACAGAUUAUGAAAGUCAAGCAGGUGCACCGACAAAUAAAGUUACUUUUGAAAUUGUAAAUUCUAUGAGGAAUUCAACUGAUAUUUCCGAAGAAGAUUAUAUCGAAAUCUCGUCUGAUGAGGAUGAUGAAUCUAAAUAUGGAUUGCAAAUCGAAUCUGCAAUUAACAAUUCUGAUGAAGAAAUUCCAAAACAGCUCACAGAAGAAGAAUCUGAAUUUGCUAGAUUUCUUUCGGAGUUGAAGAAAAAAGAUUUGAAUUCGGUACAACUAGAAUUGAAUACUGAAGUUCAAAGACUAAAUGAACAGCAAAGACGAGAGAAGCGAGAUGCUGAUAGUGUAACACAGACAAUGAUAAGUGAAUGUCAAAAACUUUUGCAAUUAUUCGGAAUUCCAUAUAUUAUAGCACCAAUGGAAGCUGAAGCACAAUGUGCUGAACUACUUCACCUUGGACUUGUAGAUGGAAUUGUUACUGAUGAUAGUGACGUCUUUUUAUUUGGAGGAUCGCGAAUAUAUAAAAACAUGUUUAGCCAGCAAAAAUAUGUUGAAUGUUAUCUUUUGCAGGAUUUAGAAAAAAAUAUGAGACUGGAUCGUGAAAAGUUGAUUAAUCUAGCAAUACUAUUAGGAAGUGAUUAUACUGAAGGUCUAUCUGGUGUUGGAGUCGUUAAUGCCAUGGAAAUUUUAAAUGAAUUUCCUGGUGAAAAAGGGUUAGAGCACUUUAGAGAUUGGUGGCUAGAAGUUCAAAACGGAAUAAACAAACCAGACAAUGAAAGCGAUUUUAAAAGGAAGUUUCGUAAGAAGAUGAAAAAUUUAAUAUUAUCAAAGAAUUUUCCAAGCCACCAUGUACGAGAUGCUUACCUUAGACCACAGGUAGAUGAUUCAAAAAAUGAAUUUCAAUGGGCUAUGCCAGAUUUGGAUGACCUCCGAGAUUUUUUAAUGGAUAAUUUCUUAUGGUCACAUGAGAAAGUUGAUGAAACACUUGUUCCACUCAUGAAAACUUUGGUUAAAAGAAAGUCGGAGGAAAAAAAUCAAAAAGUUCUGGAUGAUUUCUUUGAUCCUUCAAUAGGUAGCAGUAAUGUUUACAAAUCACAUAAAAGCGCGAGAAUACAACGUAUUGUGGAUUCUUGGAAACAUGAAACUUUCAAUAAUGAGAAUCAUAGUAAUGAUGGUAAUGAGCUAUCUCAACAGAAGAAACGGUCCCAAGAAUCAGCAAAUGUCAUUACAGAACAAGGAAAAUCCCUUUAUAAAAAAAGGAAAAGACAAAAAGCCAAUAAAAAAGUACAAUAAAACUAUAAAACUGGCAUGAUUUAUCCUUUACAAGAUGAUUAUUUAUUUUUUGAUUCUUAUAUAAUUAUAUAAAUAACAUAUCAUGGCGGUAGAUUGUAGUAAAUGUGCUGUCAAUCGUGUUGGAUUGAAAAUUUAAUAAUAAAAUCAAUCCAAUUGAAUCCAUUGGAUCAACUCAAAUUGAAU